CAGGAGUCCUGACAACCAUUGGUUUUGCUUCAUCUCGCAAGUGUGUAAUUCUUAACCAAGUCGACAGACGGUUAUUUUUUCUUGUAAUAAAUAAAUCGUGGUCGAGUUUGAGUAGACACAUCGUGUUUUAAUUAAAAGCAGUGAAAACCAGCGUGUUUGCAGGCUUUAAAGGCACAUUUUCCAUCAGCGAGAAAACUACCACUGUUGAAAUCACCAAUUAACACCAUGGCAGCAGUCGCAGCGGCACAGAAAAAUCGCGAAAUGUUCGCCAUCAAGAAAUCAUACAGCAUUGAGAACGGCUACCCUGCGAGGCGGCGUUCCCUCGUCGACGACGCCAGAUUCGAAACUUUGGUCGUGAAGCAAACUAAACAAAGCGUAUUAGACGAAGCCCGUCUUCGCUCUAAUGAUUCGAGUGUCGAACCUGAGGUGCAUAUUGAUGACAAACCUAGAAAAACUGCAGAAACGACCGAUGAAAAUGCAGAUUGUGGACUUACCGAAGAGGAAGUCGUGCUCGGAAAUGCAGCCAGCGAAAAUCCCGACGCUCAACAAAGGGCAGCGCUUAUUCUACGUUUACGCGAAGGGAUGAACUCGCUCUCGCGCGUCUUGAAAAGCGUCGAGAAGUAUCAGGGAAUAGUUUGCCAUCUCGAGACGCGCCCGAGUCAAAAUGAUGGUAACCAGUUGGACGUGCUAAUUAAAAUCGUAAUGGGCCGUCAGAAUAUGCUUCAGCUGAUUAAGAAUUUGAGACAGUCGUCUUCGUUGUUGAGCGUUUCGCUUUUGGGCGAUGACAACGUAUCCGCUAAGAAUCCCUGGUUUCCACGACACGCCAGUGACUUGGACAACUGCAAUCAUCUUAUGACCAAAUACGAACCUGAACUCGACAUGAACCACCCCGGUUUCGCAGAUAAGGAGUAUCGGGCCCGUCGCAAAGAAAUCGCCGAAAUCGCUUUCAGCUAUAAGUAUGGCGACCCAGUUCCCUUCAUUAAGUACACCGAAACCGAAAACAAGACCUGGCAAUCCGUCUUUAACACCGUCUUGGAGCUGAUGCCCAAGCACGCUUGCAUCGAAUACCGUCGCGUCUUCAAGAUGUUACAGGAUGAGAACAUCUUCGUACCCGACAGAAUUCCGCAGCUGGAGGAAAUGUCGUCGUUCCUCCGGCGGCAGACCGGCUUCACCCUGAGACCGGCCGCCGGUCUUUUAACAGCGCGCGAUUUUCUCGCCUCCCUCGCUUUCCGCAUUUUCCAAAGUACGCAAUACGUGCGACACGUCAACUCACCCUACCACACCCCCGAACCAGAUUGCAUCCACGAACUGCUUGGACACAUGCCGCUUCUCGCCGAUCCCAGCUUUGCACAAUUCUCACAGGAAAUCGGCCUGGCAUCGCUCGGCGCUUCGGAUCCCGAAAUUGAAAAAUUAUCCACUGUUUACUGGUUUACUGUCGAAUUUGGCCUUUGCAAGGAACAAGGGACGGUUAAGGCGUACGGUGCCGGACUCUUAAGCUCUUACGGCGAGCUUUUGCACGCGUUGAGCGACAAACCCGAGCUGCGAGCCUUCGAACCGGCGUCUACGGCGGUCCAACCCUACCAGGACCAGGAGUACCAGCCCGUCUACUAUGUAGCCGAAAGCUUCGAAGAUGCCAAAGACAAGUUCAGACGUUGGGUCUCCACAAUGUCGAGGCCCUUCGAGGUCCGAUUCAACCCCCACACUGGCCGCGUCGAAGUUUUGGAUUCCGUCGACAAACUCGAAUCGCUUGUCCAUCAACUUAACACCGAAAUACUCCACCUAUCAAACGCGGUGAAUAAAUUAAAAGCACCGGCGCUUUCCUAGACAUCUUCCUUAGGGCGUCGUCGACGGAAUGGCUAAGUGACUGGUGCCCUUCCCCCUCGGACGCUUCAUCUCAUCAUUGUAUAAAGUCGUCAUUAUGUAAUAUAUUAUUAUUGUUAUUUUAUUUAGUGUAGCGUAGGUAGUAUUGCGAUCUCUUCUUCUAAAGUAUUGAUGCACCUCCCCGUAUUACCCACAAUUUCCAGAAAAUGUGCACAUAGCUGUAUUAUUUAACCAUCAGGCACAUUUUUAUUGUGAUAAUUUAUAAGAAUUCUUUGCGAGAUCAUAGUUGUUGUAAUAUCUGUGUACAUAACACGUUAGCAAAUAAACAACCUAAACGUU